AUGAAGCGAGGCCAGCCAAUGAAGCGUGCAGGUCGCAGUGGAGUGGUGAAGGCUGUUCUGACCAUACACCCCAACAGCUCCCAGAUAUUCAGUGGAGAGUCUGUCACUCUCAGAUGUGUCAUACAGGGGGGAGGAGUCACUGACUGGGAGUACAGAUGGUUAACACCCAGUCCAGAUCAAUGUUCACAGAGAGAACAUGAAUGUAUUAUCAGUGCAGCUGAGUUUUCCCACAGUGGUGACUACAGAUGUCUGGGUUCACAUCAACAGCAGGAUUCUAAAUGGAGUGAUGCAGUCACACUGACAGUGACACCUCUGCCCAAAGCUACACUGACUGUAGAACCAAACCCUGUGUUCCCUGGAGAGACAGUUACUCUGAUGUGUUCAGUAGGGUCUGACAGUAUCUGUAACUAUCAGUGGUACAAAGACAGGAAUGAUAAUGUAGUAUCCCAGUCUGUCAGACACACUAUAACAGGAGACACCCUCACCAUCAGUAGAGCUGCUGAGUCUGACCAGGGUCUCUACUGGUGUCAGGGAGAGAUCCRGUCCAGAUCCAUAUCAAUCAUCAGUGAUCUUGUCACCAUCACUAUGAAUGCUCUGUCUGUGGCCUCAGUGAGUGUCUCUCCUCAGGGCUCCUCUACUCUGGAGAGACAGUCAGUCUGCAGUGUGUCAUACCAGGCUACACAGACUGGACGUACUACUGGUACAAAAACAACCAACACCUUCCCAGUCAGACCAGUAAAGCCAUCUCUGCCCAGAGCCUCAGUGAGUAUCUCUCCUCAGUUUGUCCUCUACCCUGGAGAUACAGUCACUCUGCRGUGUGACAUAUCAGACUACACAGACUGGACUUACCACUGGUUUAUAGACAAGCAACUGCUUCCCAGUCCGACCAGAAAAACCAUCACCAUCUCUCUGCCUGACCAGGCUGGUCAGUACAAGUGUGUUGGGAGGAGGAGAGGUCGGCCCCAGAAGUCAUAUCACAGCUUUUCUCUCCCUAUCGUCGUCACCGCUCUGCCCAAAGCUACACUGACUGUAAAACCCAACCCUGUGUUCCCUGGAGAGACAGUUACUCUGAUGUGUUCAGUGGGGUCUGACAGUAGCUGGAGCUAUCAGUGGUACAAAGACAGGAAUGAUAAUGUAGUAUCCCAGUCUGGUUACAGUAACAUUGGAGUCUCUCACAUCAGUAGAGCUGAUGUGUCUGACCAGGGUCAGUACUGGUGUAAAGGAAACAGAGUGUCUAGACCCACAUCUUCACAACCAAGUGAUCCUGUCACUCUCACUGUAAAAGGUAAAUUACUUUGUUCUGUUCUCUCUUUUGUCAUACAGAUAGACUCUGUUGUUGUUGUUGAUGCCAUAGUCUGCCACCCUGCACGCGAGCUUGGAGUGUUCUGGUGUGAGUCUGGAUCAGGAGAGUACAGUAAUGCUGUCAACAUCACAGUGAACGAUGGUGAUGUGAUCCUGGAGAGCCCUGUCCAUCCUGUGACCGAAGGAGACUCUGUGACUUUGACAUGUACAUUUAGAUAUCAGGAAACAAAUCCUAAACCCAAGAGUGAUUUCUACAAAGAUGGAACACUCAUCAAGAAUGAGACCACAGGAGAGAUGACCAUCCCUACAGUAUCCAAGUCAGAUGAAGGAUUCUAUAAGUGUAAAUCUGGACAAGGAGAAUCACCAGAGAGCUGGGUGACAGUGAGAGGUGAGAAAACAUUGAUGAUCACAAGUUACCUGCUUUCUUUUCAUGUCUAUACUGUAAACCUAUAUAACCUCUCUGUCUGUCCUGUUCUCUCUCCAGUCUCUCCAGUYGUAKCUCCUGGRUCCUCUACAUCAGUCCUAGUAGGAGUGGUUGUGGGUCUGGUUGUUGCUGGUGUUCUACUGGUCAUUUUCCUGGUCCUGCUGGUGAGAUAUCAAAACAGAAAAGGUUCCUGUUUCAACAGAAUAUUCUGGCCCCCUCAGCCCCAGAGAACCUACCAGGACCCCCAACAGGACCAAGGAUCUACCCAGGGCCAGGCUCCUGAUACUGUUUAUACAUGUCUACAUGGUGACACUAACAUCUACGAUACGAUCAAUCCCUCAGACCACCAUGAUAAUGAUGCUGCUGGUGCUUCUGCUGCUGGACCAAGUCAUGUGACUUAYGCCCAGAUUCAACUGAAGAAAUUGGACAAGAAAAAGAAAGGGAAGACAGGGAAAGCCACAGCAGCAGCUGGACCUGUUGAUGUGACCUAUGCUGAUGUUGUCCUCCAAAAGAAGACCAAAGCCAAAAAGAAGAGAAAAACAGCAACCCCACCUGAGGCAGAAUCUGUCUAUUCUCUAGUGAAGCCAUACACAGCCCCCGCAGCAGCUGGACCUGUUGAUGUAACCUAUGCUGAUGUUGAUCUCCAAAAGAAGAACAAAGCCAAGAAGAAGAGAGAAAGAGCAACCCCGCCAGAGACAGAUUCAGUCUAUUCUCGAUUGAAGCCACGCUCAUGCCCCGGUCCUUGAGGGAGAUGGAGGGA